GAGAGUUGGCUUCCAAUAAUAACACUUUACUUUCUCCGUUUACACGUUUCUCUCUCUUCUUUUCUUUCAUUAUUAGUUUCUCUUUCUGUUAACACUCUCACUCUUGUCAUUAUCCUUCGCUUAACAAUGCACUCCCGCUAGAUCUUUUCUCAAUUCCACUUGUGUUUGAUUUAUAAAAUGGCGUUGAAGCGAGGAUUAUCAGGUUCCGGAAGGAACAGAGGCGGUGGAUCUCGAUUGCCGAUUGCUCUUGUUAUUUUCUUCUCUAUCCUGGCACCGUUGAUUUUCUUUUUCGGUCGAGGUCUGUAUGCCAUCGAUUCAAUUGAUCAAAAUAAUGUUCCAGUUGGUUACAGCAAGCUGGAUUUGGAUUGGAGAGAGCGGUUGGCUUUGCAGCACAUUAAAUCUCUUCUCUCAAAAGAGGUAAUUGAUGUUAUCACAGCGAGCACUGCUGAUAUGGGGCCUUUAAGUCUUGACUCUUUCAGAAAGAACAAUUUGUCAGCUUCAUGGAAAGUUAUAGGGGUGGAGGCACCAGUCAAGAACAGUGCCACUUCUGAGCCAAAUAAAACAGUAACAAUAUCCAAGCAAGAAGCACCGAGAGGCAAAGCGGAUGGCAUCUCUGAUGAUCAUUCUCAAUUCAUUGACACACCUGAUAAACUAGCUCGAAGGCAAUUGAGAGAGAAAAGACGUGAAAAGCGUGCAAAUGACUUGAUGCGGCAAGAUAAUGAAGUGAUUUUGAAACUGGAAAAUGCAGCCAUUGAACGUUCUAAAUCAGUUGACUCUGCUUAUCUGGGCAAAUACAGUAUAUGGAGGAAAGACAAUGAGAAUGAGAACCCUGAUUCAACAGUACGUUUAAUGCGGGAUCAGAUGAUAAUGGCAAGAGUAUAUAUCAGUUUAGCUAAAAUGAAGGAAAAGCUUGACUUGCAUCAAGAAUUACAGGCUCGGCUCAAAGAGAGUCAACGUGCCUUGGGAGAGGCAACAACUGAUUCUGAUCUGCAACGCAGUGCGCCUGAGAAAAUAAAAGCUAUGGGCCAAGUUUUGUCCAAAGCGAGAGAGCAAUUGUUUGACUGCAAGUUGGUUACUGGAAAGCUCAGAGCGAUGCUUCAAACAGCAGAUGAACAAGUUAGGAGCUUAAGAAAACAGAGCACUUUUCUGAGUCAGUUAGCUGCCAAAACAGUUCCAAAUGGAAUCCAUUGCUUGUCUAUGCACCUGACAAUUGAAUACUAUCUCCUUCCUCCAGAGAAGAGAAAGUUCCCCAGAAGUGAGAAUCUGGAAAAUCCCAAUCUUUACCAUUAUGCUCUCUUCUCUGACAAUGUCUUGGCUGCAUCAGUUGUUGUCAACUCAACCAUCACAAACGCCAAGGAUCCUUCCAAACACGUUUUCCAUCUUGUUACCGAUAAGCUUAACUUUGGAGCUAUGAAUAUGUGGUUUCUAUUGAAUCCUCCAGGGAAGGCUACUAUUCAUGUUGAAAAUGUUGAUGACUUCAAGUGGCUUAAUUCAUCUUACUGUCCUGUUCUGAGGCAGCUCGAGUCUGCUGCAAUGAAAGAGUAUUACUUCAAGGCAAAUCAUCCAACAUCUCUUUCAUCUGGUUCUUCUAAUUUGAAGUAUAGGAACCCAAAGUAUCUUUCAAUGCUUAAUCAUCUGAGAUUCUAUCUUCCAGAGGUCUACCCCAAAUUGAAUAAGAUCCUGUUUCUUGAUGAUGACAUUGUUGUUCAGAAAGAUUUAACUGGAUUGUGGUCAGUAAAUCUGAAUGGAAAAGUGAAUGGGGCAGUGGAAACCUGCGGUGAAAGCUUUCACCGGUUUGAUAAGUACCUGAACUUUACAAAUCCCCAUAUUGCUAGAAAUUUUAACCCGAAUGAUUGUGGUUGGGCAUAUGGGAUGAACAUAUUUGAUCUUGAUGAAUGGAAAAAGCAGGAUAUCACUGGUAUAUAUCACAAGUGGCAAAACAUGAAUGAAGAUAGGGUACUCUGGAAGCUCGGGACAUUACCUCCUGGCCUGAUUACAUUUUAUAAGUUGACACAUCCACUUCAGAAGUCAUGGCAUGUGCUCGGAUUAGGCUACAACCCAAGCAUUGAUCGGAAGGAGAUUGAAAAUGCAGCAGUCGUGCAUUACAAUGGCAACAUGAAGCCAUGGCUGGAGAUAGCUAUGACAAAAUAUCGGUCGUACUGGACCAAGUACAUUAAGUAUGACCAUUCAUACCUUCGCAACUGCAACCUAAGUGAAUGAACCUGAUCAUAAGCCAGCAAGGGACACCCAAAUGGUUUACCUCUCUGUAUGCAAAUCUAAGGCCAGAUGAUUGGUUUAUCUGCACAAGGAAGGCAGUUGAAUUUUCCAUGCUGUGUUCCUUCUAUCCACAUUAAUUGUUUAUUCUUCUUUGUAAUUCAUCAUAUUUGUUCUCACUGUCUGGUAUCCAUUCAAACUAGGUAAUAGAUUUAGUGCAUUAUUGACCUGUAAAGAAAUAUUAAGAUGUCGAUCUUUUCUUCCUCUUUUUCUCGGCCCCCUGCCCCUCUUCAAUUUUGAACAGGAAUAGUAAACAUCAUAUAAAUGCUAAUUUUCUGUUCUCUUUGACAA